AAAAAUAGACAUUUGAAAAAAUAGUCGCUUAAAACUUACGUUUUUAUUUGUGUCACAUUUAUUGAAAGGCUAUUUAUUUUAAAUACAGUAUCCAAUACUUAAAUAAAACUUCAUAUUUGACCACAAAUUUAAUGAAUAAUAGCAAUUGGGAGUCCCUGUCAUACAUUCAUUUUAAUCUCCGCAUCCGCGCACAACUUGAUUGACUCGGUCUGUAGUGAAGCACAUCCACAACAGUUGCAAACAUCACUCCGUCAGUCAACACAAUAUCAACUCUGGCUUUUCAGCCAAUGUCCGCAUCGUGUAAUCCGUUUACUUCGGGUGCCUGCCAUCAGGCCGUUACCGGUGGUCACCCGGCCAUGGCUUACCUCAAGUCGAAUCCGUAUGGCAUGAAUGGCAUCGGCAUCACUUCUGCCGGUCCCGUAGAUCUGUUACACUCUUCAGUUGGAUAUCCUGAUAUGUAUUUGGGAGCGAUCUCUCCUAACGGUCACAAUCAGCCCCCGAGAAAGCAAAGGAGGGAACGAACGACUUUCACGAGAGCACAGUUGGAUGUAUUGGAGUCUCUGUUCGGCAAAACUAGAUAUCCAGACAUUUUCAUGAGAGAAGAAGUUGCGCUCAAAAUUAAUUUACCGGAGUCUAGGGUUCAGGUCUGGUUUAAGAAUAGAAGAGCAAAGUGUCGACAACAGGCACAACAGCAACAAAACGGUACGAAUAAUACGACAAAGAAUCGGCCAAAAAAAUCAAAAAGUCCUCCGCCUCCCGGUUCGGCAACCAGUUCGCCUCCGGCUUCUAUACAUAGAGGCGACUCUCCAUACAAACCGCCGAAUUUGCCAAACAUAACGUCUUCAGCAAAUGUCGGAAAUCCAUUGUGUUCUUCCGUUACCUCGCAUUCAAAUAACUCAAGUGCCAAUACAUAUAGUUCCAUAUGGAGUCCCGCUGCUAUCGCUCCGGUAUCGGACUUAAUGUCUGGUAAUAGUUGUAUGCAAAGAGCAGCCGCUUAUCAUCACCACCCGAUGGCCAGCAGUGCGCCACAAACUAACGCAGCCUGUUAUCCGCCUCAAAGUUAUGGUCCGGCGUCGGCAUAUCAUUACGGAAAUAUGGAUUAUCAUAUGUCAGCAAUGCCUCAUCACACACAGUUAGGCGCCGUUACCACUAUGUCCUCAGCGCUCAAUCAAAUGAGUGGUCCAAACAUGACCUCACACAUGAACCCUGUAAUGUCGGGUCACGGUCUACACGGUGCCACUGCUCGGUCGCCGCCAAUGAACGGUGGCAUACCAUCACCUAACGAUUGUCUUGAAUACAAUGUGGACACCAAAAGCGGGAACUGGAAGUUUCAAGUGUUGUGAGACAUAAUUAUAUAUAUAUAAUAUUCAACUAAAACUUUUAAAUGGUGUUAAUUAUAUCUCACGGCAUUUAUUUUGUACAUUUCAUCGGUCAGUCAUUUAUAAAUUACCCGAACAUCUAUUCACUCAUACUAUAGGAUUAUUUAAGACAUGACAUUAGUUUUAAUGUUUGAUAUUUAGAUUUGAAUUUUAUUUAAGAAAACAAACAGACAAAUCAUUAUUAUAUUUAAGUGAAAGUAAAACUCAAUUUUUUUCGGUACAUAAGAGCGUGUUUAUCACUUUGUCCUAUAUUUAUAAUUAUAUAUAUAUAUAUAUACUGUACAGUAUAUUUAUUGUAAAAACUAUAGACCUUAAAAUAUGUGCCAGGUAUUUUUUUGAAAAAUAUGUACUAAAACAAACCAAAAUAUCUAAUUCCAGGAGAAAUAUAUAUAUAUA